AACGAGAAGCUUCAGAACAUGGAAUGUCUUGGACAGUGAAACGACUCAAAACCGGGACCACUUGAAUCCAGAACUAAUGUGAGUAGGACACACUUGAGGAUGAGAUUCUCAAACUAUAAGAAAACUCAUCAGUUAUUUUAACAACCUUUGCUAGGUUAAUGCUAACUAGCGUAAUGGAAAGCAUUCACGUUUGGUAGCAAUAGUGACUAGUCAAAAGAAUACGGACAUCCUUGACACUGCGAGAGUUGGCAUAAUUUUCUCCCAAGUGCUUGCAAGGCUCUCGAUCAAUACUUUGUUUUGAACCUGUUUUCCUCCUUAAGAUUCAACUCUUCUGCUUUUUUUCCAAUUGACGUCUGCAAGCUUGUAGAAGUGGAGCAUUUUGAUGAAGUGCAGAGAGAGCUGUCAAGGCUGCCAGUGUGUGUUCUUGCCUCCAACCUCGCUCGAUUUGCGAGCGUGCGUGGGAGGCUGCUACGCUUAUCUGCUUGUCAUCUUGUCCCGGCAAUUUUCUGAUUUCAAGUGAGUCCAGUGACGCCUUGAGAUACAGGUUCAACUCUUGACUCAAAACACAAGUAUUGCAAAUUUACUUAAUGGAAGGGAUUGAAUGCUUUUUGAGUUUUCUGAAGCGCCCCGUGACGCCACUUUCUUUUCAUUUUAUUUGCGCUUUUAUCCAUUAUUUACCAAUGCCCAAGAAUUGCUUAGGUGAUGCCAUCCAAAAACUGAAACUGUGUUGUGAGGGGAGGAGCUUCAUUCAUACAGUUCGUAGCGCUGUCUAAUAGAAUAAGAGUGCUUUGUUGCCCUCUUGAGGCAUUGAUAGACAAUUAUCAACCCUUUAUUGUUGUUUAUAACUUCAAAAUAAUCUGCGAAAAAUGUGUGACUAUGAAUAUGCAGGAUUUGCACGUGCUUGUAAUGUGCGCUUUGCUGUGUCAUGCUCGCCUCACUCAGCACGUGUGCCAUGUCGUGUGGCGUGUCAGCGCAAGCUAAGUCACCUUAAGGAGCUAACAUCAGUUCGCCUUCUUAUUCUUCAAUCCUCAUGCAGUGGCCUCCUCACAUCAUAUGUUAUAUGUAGACUUUUAUGCUGUUGGACCCUGAUCCAUAGGAGAAUCCUUUAAGUGGCUGUUUUUAGUGCACUCAGAUGGAAAGCUGUGACUUUACACUCGCACGCAUCAAUCGUAUGCAAUGACCUCACUUUGUGGCCAUCAAGGUCGAGCGGUGGGGUCCACGGGGCCGAGCCGAUGCUUCACAAAGCGGCCGGCCGGCCGGCAUCGGCAGGCGUGACAUCAUCCCUCCGUGUCUCUUUUUAAGCCUUCCAACCGGGCACGUGAGUCACGGGGCAACUUGACCUGUCGUGCCUAACAAGAUCUCCCUCAUUAAGAGCUAAUCCUCGCAGGAGAGUGGCGUGCUGAACGAAAAGAAGAGGAAGGCUCGCCUCUUGCAAGAGAGAAAACACUAGGGAGGAAGCAAGAGAAUCGUUGAAAAGAAAUCCCGCUCCAAGCCUUUCUGCCAACGUGGACCGCUGACCUUCAACCACCGGUCUCCAGCUGACUUAUGAUACUGUCCGAGAGCAUGCGCUGAUUCCCGAAUGUGACUCAUCACAUCCGCACGGCAUGACUGAAGGAGAGAAGCGCCACAGCACAGCCCUCUGUUAGCACUUGUAAAUAAAUGAUGGAGUCCGUGGCAAGAGUGAAGAAAUCUCUGCGGGCGCCCAUCAGGAGGCUCAGCGGCUGCAUGAGUGCUGUGAGCAGCCGGAAAUUGUGCACCAAAAGCAGGAAGCGCAGAGAUCGAGGAGGAAGAGGCUGCGGCCGGUCGGGAAAGGCCCCUCCUCGGCCAGCCGCCGAUGCCAAAUAUCCGUGGGUGGCCCGUGCCUACCAGGCUGACUUGGACAAAGAGAGAAAGCUGCGUGAGGCCACAAACGCUCACAAGAAUGCCCAGAGAGCAUCCAUGAGAGCUCACUUCCGGAGAAAAUAUCAACUGUCAGAGGACUCCAAGGACGCUGGCCACCUGAAACGCGUUGGCGGCAAAGUGUCACUCCCCCGCGAGCUAUCCAAGCUGGUGCGUCCCGACAGCAAGACCAAGGAUGACAGCUUCAACCUGCUCGGCGCCUUCCAAGGCCUCCGCUUGGGCCCGCUGAUGGGGGGCAAACCCGCCACCGCCGCCCCACAGAGGAGAAGGUCUUGUCAAGUCAUGUGAUGGACGCACAAACUCUUGAGUGCAGUUGCACUCUCAUCGCAAGCACUGUUCUAUUGUUCAAUAAUACGGUGGUGUCUUUAUAGGGCAAGGGAUUGUAUUUGCUAUUUGAGUCAAAUGGACGCUACGCAUCUCCCUCAAAGGCACUAGAACUUUGUGAUAUCCCAGACAAUCAGUCAAAACAGGUAAUCCCAUUUGUUUAUUGUAUCUUGUACGUUAUUCGUUUUAAACUGAUUUGAGAAUAAACUAUGUCAUCAAUUUGCUUGAUUUGUAAACGAUCCAAUUGUAUUUAAUAUACUAGAAUAAAAUGACAUGAUUCAGCA